CAACAAGAUGGUUUCAGCAACAGAAGAUUCUCCUCCUCCCAAUUUCUCAACCAUUAUAAACACCAUCAUCUGCCAAAAUGGGAGGAAAUGGAGGUGAUGAGAUGGGGGCAAUCGUCGGAGGAUACACUGGAGUCCAUAGUCCAAAGUUCAGUGGCGAGGAAACGGGCACGGCCCAACAACACAGAAUAUUGUUGCAAAGAUGAAACUUUGAUGAGUUGGGAUAAUUCUUUUGAAUCUCAUCAUCAGAACUUGAAAACCGAAAACUCCACUCAACAAGUACAUGAUGCCUCAGCCUCGGAGGAAGAAGAUGAUAUGAAGGGGAAAAUAGACGCCACCUGCUCAACUAGACCAGCUCCAGCGGCUGUUAAUCAUAAUCAUAAUCACUCCGAGAGAAGACGAAGAGAUCGAAUAAACCAGAAGAUGAAAGAUCUGCAAAAGUUGGUGCCAAAUGGGAGUAAGACGGAUAGAGCUUCACUUUUGGAUGACACGAUUAAAUACUUGAAGCAACUUCAAGCACAAGUUCAAUUCAUGUCCAGCAUCAGAGCUUUGCCGCAGAUGGGCAUGCCUCUAGGAAUACAGCAGCAGCUUCAAAUGUCACUACUGGCUCGCCGCAUGGGACUGCUUGAUAGCGAUUCAAUGGCGGCUGCCCCUUGUGCUCCCUCUCCUCCUCUUCUGGUGCAUUCCACCACCUCAACAACAAAGCCAAAAGUCAACCUCUCCACGUCUGCUUUCGUCCCUCCGACCGAUCCUUUCUGCACUUUCCUGGCUCAACAAUCAAUGAAUAUGGACCUGUACAGUAAGAUGGUGACACUGUAUUGCCAAGAAGUGAACAAGACACCGAGGCAGCAAGCAAGCAAAGUAAUCCAAUCACAUCGUAUAGAAGCAAUCAAGGAGGAUAUGCAUUAG